UAUUAAAUAAAAUAAGAUGAGGGCAGCUAUUUUGCCAGCAAAUAUCAAUGACAUGAGGAGAUCUUCCUCAAUUACACUACUGAAAUCCUCCAAAGCAAAAUCAAUCAAAGGCUUUAACGAGCAGAGAAUGAAUGGCACUAGCAGUUCCAUGCCGAGAAUCUCCAUGGAUGCCAAAAACAUGAGCACCACUCUAAAGUUUACUAAUCCUAAAAUGUUUGGAUUUUCCACGAACAGGCUCUGAAGACAAACCGGUUUUAACGAAGUUCAGCUUAGCUUCAAGCUAAGGGAAGAAAAGUAUGAUGAAAAAUAGAGCCAGACUGGAAUCCCAGAUAUCUUCAACCAAACCUAAUUUCGGCAAUACUUUGAAAAAGAUGAUUAAUGUUGACCAAGAGGAGGUUGAGGACCUCCAGAAUUGGCAGCAUAAGAACCACAAUUUAUUUCCAAAGGUUAUACAAGAUCAGGAAUUCAAGCAGAAGUGUUUAGACCCAAUAGAGGUCCAGUCUAAUAAAGGCUUUGAGAUCUUGCUAAAAGAUCCUAUCUUUAAGUAUAGUAAGAUCAUUACGGACCCCAGAAAGCUUUCAGAGAGAUUUAAUAGAAAUAAAAAGGAAAAGAGACUAGAAGAGAAGAAGGAACAUAAAAGAGAGGAUUGCCAGAAAUCGAGUUUAAGAAGCUCUCAAUCUCAAAAGUCAAGCAUCCCGCUGGAGAGUAUAGCUUCAAUAAGUAGCACGCACUGGAACUCCUCCAUUGGAUUUGAAAGAGCAGAGGAUAUUGACUACCUAGAGAUCUCCAAAGCCGAAGUAGCUAUGAUGACUAAAAGAAAUGUUGCUACUGAAGUUAGACUUGAAUUUAAGAAACAAAAAUUAAUCAAAGAGCUGAAGAACUUCGGCCACCAACAAGAGGAACUCAGGAAGAAGAAUAUCAACAACAAUCUUGUAUGUGACAAACAGAAGGUUAAGAUCCAAUCUUGAGAGAACCAGAUCAAUGUUCUCUCUGAGAUGAUCACCGAACUUGCAGAUAGUGAUGUCCCCAAACUUGAUGAAACAGGAAGAAUUUGGAAGGUCAAGGAGAAAAUUAGAGAAGUAAUUAAACACAAGCAGGAGGAUAUUCACAAAAAGCAUCUUCUCAUUUCUGAAAAUAAAUAAAGUUAUACAGCAAAUGGAGCUAAAGAUACAGAAUAUUAAGUCUGAACUGAAAGAGAUCGAGUACUCUCAAAUCCAGCAUUAUUACUUCGUGCUCCAGAUUGGCCUAGAUACUAGACAAGAAGGGUUAUCAUGGGCUCUCAGAGCCCUGAUCACUUUGGGAGAGACUGUCAAGAUCAGCAAAUUUCCAAAAUUCUUAGACUCCAAAGCUAUAAAAUACCUCUUUGAUAUUACGAAACUGAGACUCAUGCUUGAAGAGGUUGGAGAGAGAAUUAGAGAGUUUGUGACCAAGAGAAAAUAAUCUCCUAAUGGCUAAAGAGAAGGCAAAGCUUGACGAUUCUUCCUUUGACAGAAAAGCCAAUCUUUCAAGCCCAGAUACUUUUCCAAGUGACAAAAAUAUUGGUAGAAGAUCGAGCGCUCCGAGCUUGCCAGCAGGAGGAGUUAAACCUUCUCAAUUCUUCGUUAAUAAGAAGAAAAAGCCGGAUAAUAGACUUGCACAUCUGAAGGACAAGAAUGAAAUUUUGGACUCUAUUAAGGAGAAAAUGCAUAUGAUGUCAAAAACUACAAAGGUUAAACAGCUCCAAGCUUCUAAGAACUCAAUGAACAUCCUGAAUUACCAGACAGAGAAUAUAUUCGAUGAUAAUCAAUCUCCAAUAGGUGUAGGAGAAGUCUCUUUUGACACCGGGAUUCUAAACUUAGAAAUCAAUGACCUUGAGGAAAAAGCCAAAGAAAUCAAAGACCAAAUCAGCGAAAUGAGAGAUAGAGAGACUAUCAGAAUGAAGAGACUCUUCAGAAAAGACCCUAACAACUACAUGCACAGAUACAGAGUCUCCCAAGAGAUCAUCAAUAACGCCCUAAACCUUACCCUCAUGUAGCCCUAUUCCAACCAAAACCCAAUUUCUCCCCAAAAUUUCCUAAUUUCAAC